GCUUCCCAUGUGACACACAUUACAGCUGCUGUCAUCAAUAGUAAACACCUUAAAUGCCGCAGGAGGAUUGAGCUUCAUGAUGGCAGGCAGGCUGAGCUUCAGGAACAUCACCGCGCUGGCUCCCAUGGUCCGGGUCGGGACUCUGCCCAUGAGGCUGCUGGCGCUGGACUAUGGAGCUGAUGUAGUUUACUGUGAGGAGCUGAUUGACAUCAAGAUGGCCCAAUGUCACAGAGUGGUGAAUGAGGUUUUGGAGACGGUAGAUUUUGUUGCUCCAGACGAUCGAGUGAUGUUCAGGACUUGUGAGAAAGAGAAGGACCGAGUCGUCUUCCAGAUGGGGACGGCUGACCCGGACAGAGCGCUGAUUGUGGCUCGACUUGUGGAAAAUGACGUAGCUGCUAUCGAUGUGAACAUGGGCUGUCCGAAGGAAUACUCCACCAAGGGCGGGAUGGGAGCCGCUCUGCUGUCAGAUCCUGAUAAGAUCGAGGCGAUCCUCAGGAAGCUCGUCACAGGAGUUUCUAUUCCAGUAACGUGUAAAAUCCGAAUCCUGCCUUCGUUGGAGGAAACGAUCGGUUUGGUUCGGAGGAUCGAGAAGACCGGAGUCACCGCCGUCGCUGUUCACGGCAGGUUUAAGGAUGAACGACCUCGACACCCCGUCCACUGCGACUACAUCCAGGCCGUCUCUCAGGCUGUUUCCAUCCCCGUCAUCGCCAACGGAGGAUCUUUGGAUCUGGUGAAGACCAACAAAGACAUCGAGGAGUUCAGGAAGGCGACGGGAGCCUCGUCCGUCAUGUUGGCUCGAUCCGCCAUGUGGAACGCGUCCGUGUUCAGGAGCCGAGGGACGCUUCCUGUGGAGGAGGUGAUGGAGGACUACCUCAAAUACGCGUUUCGGUACGAGAACCACGCCUUCAACUCGAAGUACUGUCUGUGUCAGAUGCUGAGAGACAAGGUGGAGUCUCCUCUGGGGAAACAGCUGCAGGCGGCUCAGACCAACGCUGAGAUCAGCGAGGCGUACGGGAUGAAGGAGUUCUACCAGCAGAACCAGGACCGGCUGCAGACCAAGAGAGACUCUCUGCAGAGCAGCAGCCAGCCGGACCGACCCGUCAUGGACGGAGACGUCACCACCAUGGCCGUCAAGUUCGAACGGAGGGAGUAUCCACCUCAUAUCACUCCUAAAAUGUUCCUGCUGGAGUGGAGCCGCAAAGAGAAGCUGGAGCAGCCGCAGUAUGAAGUGGUGCAGCGAGCUCAGGAUCGAGCUUUUCAGGCCAUUGUGACUUUAUCAAAGAAGAAGUACAGAUCUACACUCUGGGAGAAGUCGAAGAAAUUUGCCGAGCAAGCUGCCGCCGUCGUCUGCCUGCGGAUUCUUGGAAUCCCGGAGGGUCGAAUCGGCGAGGAAGACUCCGGCUUAAUCUGCAAGAGGAAGAGGGACGGGAAGACGAUGACGAACGGCACCACGGAGGGAGAAGAGGCGAGCAUCAAACGGCGCAGCACCGAGAACACACAGGAAACGGAAAACCUGGAGAGCGAGGCGACGAUUGCGGUUGCGGUUGCUAACGGCGACCACCACGAACCGGACGCGCCUCCGAAACGGCCGUAGAGGCGAUGAAGAUGUAAGAAAACGACUAUUUAAGGUCCAAUAGGAGGAGAAGAAGAAGAGUGAUGGAUGUUUGAGUGGACGUGAGGAACAAAUCGAUGGGACUUUUAGAACGUCGCCUUUUAUUUUAUCGGCGAUUUUUUGUUUUCUCGUCUUUUUUUCUUUCCCCUUUUUUUUGACUAUUUGAGGAUUAUCAACACUGGCAGCUGCUCGACUCUGCCUUUUUUAUGUUUCUUAACUCUUCAUCUGUUCAGUUUAAACACAUUUCAAACUGGAAUCUCUUCCAGUACAACAGCAGUCUUCCACUGGAUCAGCUGGGAAAGUCUUAAAGGUGCAAUGUGUAAGAAUCGCCACUAGGGGGCAGCACUUCACUGUUACAUUACUUCUUAUUCUGAGCCACUGAAAUGCUUCGUUAGUAUCUAAUCUACAGUGUAUUAUCAGAGCUCUGUUACGUAGCAAACUAGAUUACUAUGACUUUGACUUUAUCAUGAUGGCAAUAUCAAUUCAGUGCAACCUGAAUAAAUCUAAC